AUGGAUCUGGAUAAACCAUCAGUCUGGGGUUCUUUGAAGCAGAGAACCAUACCUUUGCUAAUCAAUUUGAGCAAGAAGAAAGUGAAAAAGAACACAAGCAAGCCCCUCGACUUACAGGCAACUCAUCACCUGGACCGCCGCUUGAGCCUUUCCGUCCCUGAUAUCCUCGAGGCUGGGGCCUUAGCUACAGAGGGUCGGCCUUACUGUGGGCCCCAGUCUUCAUAUACCUCAGUGCCCAGUAGCCUUUCGACCGCAGGGAUUGUUGCAAAGAGCAGCAGUAGCUCCUUGAAACAGUCUGAAGAAGAAUUGGAUUGGAACCAGGAAGAAGUUGGCCACUUCCAUGUGGUGGAAGUGGACUCUGAGGAGAUUUGUGGCCCCCAUGCUGCAGAUAGGAGGGCAUCCAGCAAUGGCACCUUUGAUCUGCAGAAAAUGCCCCUCAGAGAGGAAGCAUCCGAAGAGCCAGAGAAGUUAUGUGGGGGCAGUGAUCUGAAUGCAUCUAUUGCAUCCCAACACUUUGAAGAAGAGUCUAGUCUCGGGGAAGCUGGCGAUGGCUUGAGUAACCUCCCCAGCCCUUUUGCCUACCUGCUGACCAUACACCUGAAGGAAGGCCGGAGCCUCGUCAUCCGAGACCGCUGCGGCACAAGUGACCCUUAUGUGAAAUUUAAGCUCAAUGGGAAGACGCUGUACAAAAGCAAAGUCAUAUAUAAGAACUUGAACCCUGUUUGGGAUGAGAUGGUUGUAUUGCCCAUACAGAGCCUUGAACCAAAGCUACGUGUGAAGGUAUAUGAUCGGGAUUUAACCACCUCGGAUUUCAUGGGCUCUGCAUGUGUAAAUCUCAGUGAUCUUGAACUUAACAGAACUACUGAACAUAUUUUAAAAUUAGAAGAUCCAAACAGUUUGGAAGAUGAUAUGGGAGUGAUUGUGUUGAACUUGAACUUAGUAGUAAAACAGGGUGAUUUCAAGAGACAUCGUUGGUCGAAUCGGAAGCGGUUAAGUGCCAGCAAGCCCUCUUUGAUACGCAACCUUCGGCUCUCAGAGUCCUUAAGAAAGAACCAACUGUGGGACGGAAUUAUAAGUAUAACUUUGUUGGAAGGAAAGAAUGUUUCUGGAGGAACUAUGACAGAAAUGUUUGUUCAGUUUAAACUGGGAGACCAGAGGUAUAAAAGCAAGACACUGUGUAAGAGUGCAAAUCCCCAGUGGCGGGAACAGUUUGACUUUCACUACUUCUCUGACAGGAUGGGCAUUUUGGACAUUGAAGUGUGGGGAAAGGACAACAGAAAGCAUGAGCAACGCCUGGGCACGUGUAAAGUGGAUAUUGCAGCACUCCCGGUCAAGCAAGCCAAUUGUCUCAAGUUGCCACUGGAGAGCUGUGUGGGGUCUCUCCUUAUGCUGGUCACCCUGACACCCUGUGCGGGGAUCUCCGUCUCUGAUCUAUGUGUCUGCCCCUUGGCAGACCCCAGUGAGAGAAAGCAGAUUUCCCAGAGAUAUUGCUUACAGAACUCCCUGACAGACAUGAAGGACAUCGGCCUGUUACAAGUGAAAGUUUUAAAGGCAGUAGAUCUCUUAGCAGCAGAUUUCUCAGGAAAGAGUGAUCCUUUUUGCCUAUUGGAGCUAGGCAAUGACCGACUUCAGACACACACCAUUUACAAGAACCUCAAUCCUGAGUGGAACAAAGUUUUUACAUUCCCCAUUAAAGAUAUCCACGAUGUUUUAGAAGUGACAGUGUUUGAUGAAGAUGGAGAUAAACCACCUGAUUUUCUUGGAAAAGUUGCCAUUCCCUUGUUGUCUAUUAGAGAUGGACAAACAAAUUGUUAUGUAUUGAAGAAUAAAGAUUUAGAACAAGCAUUUAAAGGACUUAUUUAUUUGGAGAUGGACCUCAUAUAUAAUCCGGUCAAAGCAAGUGUUAGAACCUUUACUCCCAGAGAAAAGCGCUUUAUUGAAGACAGCCGCAAGUUGUCCAAAAAGAUUUUAUCAAGAGAUGUAGACCGUGUGAAAAAACUUACCAUGGCGCUAUGGAAUACAGUCCAGUUCCUUAAAAGCUGCUUCCAGUGGGAGUCUACACUGAGAAGUACGAUAGCAUUUGUGGUAUUCUUGGUCACAGUCUGGAAUUUUGAACUGUACAUGAUUCCCCUGGCAUUACUGCUGCUUUUUGCUUACAAUUUCAUCAACCCGGUCAAAGGCAAGGUCAGCAGCAUCCAGGACAGCCAGGAGAAUACAGACAUAGAUGAAGAGGAGGAUGAAGAUGACAAGGAAUCCGAGAAAAAGGGGCUCAUUGAAAGAAUCUAUAUGGUACAGGAUAUUGUUUCAACUGUUCAAAACAUCUUAGAGGAAAUCGCUUCUUUUGGAGAAAGAAUUAAAAACACCUUCAACUGGACGGUCCCAUUCCUUUCAUUCCUGGCCUGUUUGAUCCUGGUGGUAUCCACGGUGGUUUUGUAUUUCAUCCCACUGCGCUACAUCAUUUUAGUCUGGGGCAUAAAUAAAUUUACUAAGAAGCUUCGAAAUCCCUAUACCAUUGAUAAUAAUGAGCUCCUAGACUUUCUCUCCAGGGUACCGUCUGAUGUUCAAAAGGUGCAGUAUGCAGAACUGAAACCCUGCAGUGGCCAGAGCCCCCUGCGCAAGAAGCGAAGCAUUCCCUAG